AUGCUCCGAACAAGUGGAAGCAAGCUCGUCGACCCCUCCGGCAAAACCGUCAUCCUGAAGGGUGCGGCCAUUGGCGGCAUGCUCAACAUGGAGAACUUCAUAACCGGCUACGCUGGCCACGAGCAUGAGCACCGCGCCCAAAUGGCCUCUGUGCUCGGCGAGCAGCGGGCACAGUACUUCUUCGACAGACUUCUACACCACUUUUUCACAGACGCCGAUGCUGCUCUAUUUGCGUCUUUCGGGCUCAACUGUAUCCGGAUACCGUUCAACUAUAGGCAUUUCAUCGAUGAUCUGGACCCCUCGCAAAUCAAGCCGGAGGGCUUUGCAUUGCUCGAUCGGUGCAUUGAAAUCUGUGGGCGGCAUAACAUCUAUGUAAUUCUUGACCUGCAUGCGGUUCCUGGAGGACAGAACCAGGAUUGGCAUUCUGAUUCUGGCCUUGCGAGGGCGACCUUCUGGGAGUUCAAGGACCAUCAAGACCGUGCCAUACAGCUAUGGGAGGCCUUAGCUGCACGGUAUGCCGGAAACCCUGUUGUGGCUGGAUACAACCCUCUCAAUGAGCCGGCCGAUCCAACGCUCGACGCGAAAGGAAACCACGGAGCCCGCCUAGUGGCAUGGUACGACCGGGCAGAGAAGGCCAUCCGCGCCGUGGACCCAGAUCAUAUGCUCUUCCUGGAUGGUAACACAUACGCGAUGGACUUUAGGGCAUUCGAGGACACACCCCCACUACCCAACACGGUAUACUCCAUCCACGACUACAGCUGGUAUGGAUUUCCUGGGAUGGAGCAAUACACAGGCACAGAGGCGCAGAAGGAGCAGCUGCGGCGUGGGUUUGAGCGCAAGAUAACCUUCAUGCGGGCAGCAGGUGUCCCGAUCUGGAACGGCGAGUUCGGACCCGUGUACCAAGACCCCGACCGGGACGGCGUCGAGGCCGCAAACGCAGCAAACGCAGGACGCUAUGCAUUGUUGGAGCAGCAGCUAGCCAUGUAUCGGGAAGAAGGCAUCAGCUGGUCGAUUUGGCUGUAUAAGGACAUCGGAUAUCAGGGACUGACGUACGUGAAGAAGGACUCGGCAUAUCUGAGGUUGAUCCAACCAUUCCUGGAGAAGAAGCAACGGCUGGGACUAGACUUUUGGACGAUUGUGCCCCGCGACGCGGUCAAGGGUGUGUAUGGACAAUUCUUCGCUGCGCUCAAGGGGAUGGUGGACGAGAAAUUCCAGAAGGGCCGGUAUCCGAAGCAGUGGACAUUUGAGCGGCAAUUUGAGCGUGUGAUUCGCGAGAUGUUGCUGAGUGAGUAUGUUGGGUGGGAACUGGCAGAGUUGUUCAGAGGGAAGACGGAGAAGGAGCUGGAGGAGCUGGCUGUGUCCUUUUCGCUGCAGAACUGUGUUGUUAGAGAGGAGCUGGGUGAGGUGUUUAAGCGGGAUGUUGCCGCAGCUAGGACGGCUUAA